GUAAUUAAUGAGUAGAUAGAAGAAUUGAUCAAUCCUCUAAAUUAAGAACAUUAUAUUGAAUAUGAGGAAAUGGAAGAUUAUAAGAUAGGAGAUUUGUUAAAUAUGCCUAUGAGAAAGGAUAUCACCAAGAAGUGUUGAAUCGUUAUGUUCCCAUUCACAAAUUAAGUUGGGGACAUUUAUAUACUAUGUAGUUAACAAAGGAUUUCAAAUAUGAUAAACAUAUGGAAUGAAAAAUUUAGUAGAUUUCAUCAGAUUUUUUGGAAGUAGCAAAAUAGAGUUUAUGAUUCAUGUUUAGAUGGAGAUCGUAUAAAAAAGUAGUAUAAAAUCUUGUUUGGAUAUAAUCAAAAAAGAAAAUAUUAUGCAGAAGUAAUACUAAAUAUGAUUAAUAUAAGGAAAGACUUACAUAUUUCAAUAAAGGUGAUACUCAUAAACUGCAAUUAUUAUUUUUUGUAUGGUUUUAGAGAUUUUAGAUGUGAAUUCUUUGGAGUUAAUAAAAUGAUAUAAUUACAAAGGAGUAUAAUUAUUAAAUAUAAAGAUUGUGCCCUUGGAUAUUGUGGGAAAAAUGAGUAAAUAGAUAUUAAUUGAUUUGGAUAAUAUAGAAUUUUUGGUAUCAUUCAUACUGAUUUGAAACCAUAGAAUAUAUAAUAAUAUUUAUC